UGUCCAGAUCUCUCAGGGUUGCUUUGUUCACGGGGACCUGAUUAUCGUUGGUCUUUUGAGUCCAGAGGGAGAAACAUUUGUUCUCGUCAGCUUGAAAUGACUCAGAGCAUCUGUGUGACUGUAAAAGCAUUGAGGCACACACACAAACACGGACAGACAGACACAGGUGUAUGCAGAUGCGCACGCGCACACACACAUGCAAACAGACAGAGUCGGAGACACACAGACAGAAGUGAGAUUGUUCACAUGAUAUGACUGUGAAAAGAGCUUGAUACAUCCUGACAAACAUCUCUCUAUUCACGCCUGGGAGAGACCUCACUUUUCCUGAGUGUGUGUCGAGGCAUCAGCUUCUUGCCAAAUCAAGAGAGAGAACACAAAGGAUACCCGCACCAUGGAGAAACCGUGGAAAUGUGGGGACUGCGGGAAGGGAUUCCCUUCCCCGUCUGCCCUGGAACCUCAUCGACGCGUCCACACCGGGGAGAGGCCGUUUAACUGCUCCGUGUGCAGCAAGAGAUUUACUCAAGCCUCCCACCUGCUGACACACCAACGCGUGCACACCGAGGAGAGGCCAUUCGCCUGCUCCGAGUGCGGGAAGCGAUUCAGCAACUCGUCCAACCUGCUGAUACACCGGCGAGUACACACCGGGGAGAGGCCUUUCGCUUGCCCUGAGUGUGGGAAGGGCUUCAGCGACUCAUCCAGCCUGAGGAAACACCAGCGGGUCCACACCGGGGAGAGGCCAUACACCUGCUCCGAGUGCGGGAAGGGGUUUAUUCAGUCCUCUCACUUACUGACGCACCAACAAGCUCACACCGGGGAGAGGUCGUUCACCUGCUGCGACUGUGGGAUGGGGUUCACUCAGUCCUCCCACCUCCUGAGACACCAGAGAGUGCACACCGGGGAGAGGCCGUUCGCCUGCUCCGAGUGCGGGAAGGGGUUCAGUGACUCGUCCACUUUGCAGACCCACCAGCGGGUCCACACGGGGGAGAGGCCAUUCACCUGCUCCGUGUGCGGGAAGGGAUUCACUCAGUUAUCCAACCUGCUGAGACACCAGCGAGUGCACAAGUGAUGGUGCCCAGGGGGUCGGAUUCUGCUGCUGUUGCUGAGUCACAUCCAGGACUGAAACCUGUUU